UUUUGUUGCUAGGUUACGGACCAAGCCGAGGAGGAUAGCAGAAACGUCAGGAAAGCGUCAGGGACUCAGUUGUUUGGUUGUUUUGAUGUUUUUAUGCAGUAAGUUUGCAUCAGAUCAGCAUGAAGUUUUGUGCGCUUUUAGCGUGCAAGAAUAGAGAUGUCAAAAACAAGAAGACUUCGGGGAUUAAACAUCACGUGUUCCCUUCUGAGGAUGCUAUUAGAGGACAGUGGAUAUCAUUCGUGAAUAAGUUUAACCGCACCUUGGACUGGACUACAAAAGCUAACAAGGGUGCAUACCUUUCUGAGGACCACUUCGAGAAGGACUUGUACUCUCAAAGUGGAUGCCUUGUCCACCAUGCUGUUCCUACUAAGGAUCCCAAUUUACUGCAGAAAAGGCCUUUGCGGUAAAACUGAUACCAUCUCUGCACCACGCUCACUUACUAAACAGACUGAACAAUUUUGACAAAGUUUGGCCACCUCAAGGUGAUGAGGAAAUUGAUCUUGACGUCCAUCCUCAAAAUGAAAUGUCAAAUGCUGAACAUGUUGAAGAUAAAAUCAUAAUUGACAUGCCCAUGUCACCACAGGAAGACUUGGAGCGAACGCUCAGUGCACAUUCUCUGUCUGAUCCAUC